AUGAGGUUAGUCAUUCGAGACGAGAAACUUGCUGCGUCGCAGUACAUCGCCGAAUAUAUCGUAGAUCGCAUUCACAGAUUCGCACCAACACAAGAGCGACCCUUCGUACUCGGACUACCCACUGGUAGCAGUCCAAUCCUCAUAUACAAGAUACUCGUGGAGAAGCACCGCGCAGGCGAGAUCUCGUUCAAGGAUGUCGUCACAUUCAACAUGGAUGAAUACAUUGGCCUCGAUCGCGACCAUCCCGAAAGCUACCACUCGUUCAUGUUCCAGCACUUCUUUGCGCACAUAGACAUCCUGCCAAACAAUAUCAACAUUCUCAAUGGCAACGCCCCAGACCUUGAGGCUGAGUGCGCUGCCUAUGAGGCAAAGAUAAAUUCAGUCGGAGGCAUCGAGCUCUUCCUCGGCGGCAUCGGUGCAGAUGGACACAUCGCGUUCAAUGAGCCUGGAUCGAGUUUGGCAAGCCGCACAAGAGUUAAGACGCUGGCGUAUGAUACAAUCAUUGCGAACUCGAGAUUCUUUAACGACGAUUUGAAUCUUGUACCGAAAAUGGCAUUAACGGUAGGAGUGCAAACGAUCCUUGAGGCCAGAGAAGUAGUCGUCAUUGUGACCGGCGCGCAGAAAGCUCUCGCUCUUCAGAAGUGCAUAGAAGGUGGAGUGAACCACAUGUAUACCCUGUCGGCACUGCAGAUGCAUCCGCACUCUAUGGUCGUAUGCGAUGAAGAUGCCACAUUGGAAUUGCAGGUCAAGACAGUGAAGUACUUCAAGAGCAUCGAACAGGUCGCGAAGCAAUUUGAUAUGGCAGUACGGAUCCCAAAUUCAAUGACGACCCAGGGAACAGCUGUUAAUAUCGCUAUCGAACGACCGAUGCCGAUCGAUGGCAGGGAUAGACAGGACUCGGGUGCGGAGAUGCUCUUCAUUGUGGACGACAAGAAGUUAGCUCCAUCAGCACAUUCCAUAUCGCGAGCGACAACUCCCGAUCUCUUUCCAGAUAGCAUGGGGUCUCGGGUGGCAGGCGUAAUUAGCCGCGCGCCGUCACCAGGCAUACAAGAUCUAUCUUUCGACCGAAUGAGCUCUAGAAUCGAGAGAGGCGCGGUAGUUGUGUAGUCAUAUGUAACAAUUCUCUUCA